AUUCCAACAUGGCGCCCAAGCUCCAAGGUAAACACCAAAAUGAUUCAGUGUUGAUUCCAUUAUAACUAAACUCAAAAUGGAUGGUAGAUUGAAGGCAAGAACAUCAGGGUCUGUACCCUCGACUCUUGGAAGACAAAUCGGAGUGCUACCUGUCGGUAAUCCUCCACCCAGAGCACGAAGGCCGCAACCUAGACAAAUCUUGUCAACACCACCCCAAAGUAAAAAAUAUAUAGACGAGGGAAGUGGUCCAGUGCAAUAUAAUGAAGUGAAUGCUGGGAUAUACAGUGAUAAGACAUUGUCAGCAGAGAGGACAACUAAUGACCAACUUAGUGCCAGAUCAGGGAAAGUGAAACUAAAACAGACUUCACCUCCAACUAGUGACUUCAGUUCUAGGCCAUUUUCUAAGAAAUUUAGCCCUAGUCCACCUAGUUCUUCCCGCUAUCAGAGGUCACCAGGGUCAGCUGGAAAGGUCAAGGACACUUUGUCUAGUGCUAGGAGUACAUCAAGUAGAUCUAGAAAUGACAAAGAACAAGAAGUGGAAUUCUGGGAAAAGAAACCACCGAAAACUGUGACAGAGGAAGAAAUCUUGGACCAAAGCCAGGAGUCAGACGUUAACAGAAUUUACGAUAUUAAUUUACAUGCAUCAGAACUUACAGUGGUGCCAAAACUAGACAAGUUUCCAAAUUUGCGAGUGUUAGAUUUAUCCUGUAAUUACAUAGAACGGAUUGAAAACUUGGACCAGUCUAAGGAUCUGAGAGAACUGAAGCUCUAUGACAACAGACUCACUGCUGUGGAAAAUCUUAAAAACUUAAAAGAAUUGGUUGCAUUACAACUUCAGUACAACAAACUGAAGCAGUUAGGCAAGGGUUUUUCCUCACUGAAGAAGUUGAAGACUUUACGGAUAGACUGUAACAAGAUUUUACGCCUGGAUGCUUCCGAGUUGUCCUGUUGUGUUCAGUUGACGUCCAUCAAUGUUAGCUACAACUUGGUGGAUAACCUGUCUGCUUUGAAUUACUUGCCAAAUUUGGAAGAGUGCUAUGCAGCAGGAAACAGAAUCAAAACUGUGGAUCUGUCACGAUGUAAAAAAUUACAAGACAUUGAUGUCUCUAAAAACAGGCUCACAGAUUUAUCUGGUAUCAGGAACCUUGCAAACCUCCAGACUCUAAAUAUUUCUUCCAAUCAAAUAACUAGUUUGAAAUCACUAGGAAAGUCAAAAAGUCUUCAGGAAUUGUAUGCCUCUGGAAACAGAAUAUCAGAGCUCUCGUUCAUACCCGACGUCUUUCCUCGACUGGAGAUUUUCAACAUCAGCUGUAACAGUAUUAAAACUUUAGAUGAAGUGUGCUGUUUGGAGAGAUGCGAGGACAUCGCUGAGCUGUUCCUGUAUGAGAACCCCUUCUGUGCCCCUGGGUCAGAACACACCCACUACAUGGCAGAAAUCCAGGCCAUCAUUCCUCAGCUGGAGAUACUCGAUGGAGCCCACAUAAAAAGGCAUACCCACCGAGGUGCACCAAUAAUGAGACCUAUGUCAGCAUCCACUAUUAUAAGUGUCCGACAAGUGGAGACGCAGAUGAAGGCUAUGGACAAUGAAAUGGUUUCAUUUGAAAAAAGCAUUAUGGAUAGAUUCGAAUCCCUGAGGACCGCCUGUGGCAUUGACUACACAGACUCACGAAUGUCAUCUAGUAACCCUGAACCUUCUCUGACCUUGACCUCUCAACAACGACCUUCCUGUAAAAGUAGUAGCCGCUCCAAGAUACGAGAUGCCCUACAAUUCGCUUCCCAGAACUUUGACGAGUGAGCCAUUGAGGGCUGUGUCAAUAGAAUCCUAAAUCUGUGAUACUCCAUCAGAUACUCCAUCAGAACUUGUUUUGUCUUGCUGUUUAAAGAACAUUUUUAACUGCCAGUUUUAUAUUGAGCUAUUUCUAUUUUGGCUACAAAUGUAUAUAUAGUUAGUACAUGUAUAUUUUAAUUUAUCCAACAGUAUUUUCCUGUAUAAUAUGAUCACUUUAAAAUUGUCUCGUUU